CGAAAAAGCUUGAACAAGAAUGUUGUUUGUCCCCGCUCAGAAACUAGCAGAUAUGUCCGUCCAUCUGUCUCCUUCUGUUUCAUGCGUAUAAUCAUUUCGACUAUGAUUACGAUUACGAUGAUAUUAAAUAUAAGGAGUCACAAGUGAGUGACUACAAUCCACACCUUCCAAAUCGGGAUUAGAAAGAAAGUCUUGUUUCCCUGCAUUGCACUCCUUGUGUUUGAUGAAUGUUCAACUCCACCACUCUCAUUCCCAAUGCCAGUGUUAAUGUCAAUGGGGUGCUUCACUCUCACUCACAAUGCCUCAUGCUCCCUCUUACCCUCUUCUCAAAGGGUGCUUGAGCUUCACUCUCAUUUCAACUUUGGAGGGAGGAUUAGAGUUACUCUUACUCCUCUCAACACGAGGGUUUCCAAGAACCUCAAUAUCACCACUUGUGCAGCCGUAGGGAAUGGAAUUGAGACCGACACAGCUGUCGUCGAGAAGCCUCAAUUGGGUAGCCGCUUCCAAGUUUCCAGGGGAUACCCCGCCCCGCUUGGCGCCACCCCACAAGAUGGCGGGGUCAAUUUCGCCAUUUACUCUCUCAAUGCUGUCUCAGCCACUCUCUGUUUGAUCUCUCUAUCUGAUUUGCAGCAUAAUCAAGUGACGGACUGCAUUCCUCUUGAUCCGUUGAUAAAUAAGACUGGAGGUGUAUGGCAUGUAUUCCUAAAAGGAGAUUUUAAAGAUAUGCUGUAUGGAUACAAAUUUGAUGGCAAGUUUUCUCCACAAGAGGGACACUACUUUGACUCUUCUCGUGUGGUGCUGGAUCCUUAUGCAAAAGCAGUAAUAAGCAGAGGAGAAUUUGGAGCUUUAGGACCUGAUGGUAACUGCUGGCCCCAGAUGGCUGGCAUGGUACCUUCUUCUGAUGAUAAUGAGUUUGACUGGGAAGGAGAUUUACCACUGAAGUAUCCACAAAAGGAUCUUGUUAUAUAUGAAAUGCAUGUGCGAGGGUUUACAAAGCACGAGUCAAGCAAGACUAAGUUCCCCGGCACAUAUCUCGGUGUAGUGGAGAAGCUUGACCACUUAAAGGAGCUUGGAGUAAAUUGUGUAGAAUUAAUGCCAUGUCACGAGUUCAAUGAGCUGGAAUACUUCAGUUACAAUUCUGUACUAGGGGACUAUAAGGUGAAUUUUUGGGGGUAUUCAACUAUCAAUUUCUUUUCACCAAUGAUUAGAUACUCAUCUAAUGGUAUAAGAAAUUGUGGCCGUGAUGGAAUUAAUGAAAUGAAGUUCAUGAUCAAAGAGGCACACAAACGUGGGAUUGAGGUUAUCAUGGAUGUUGUUUUCAAUCAUACAGCUGAAGGGAAUGAGAAGGGUCCCAUUAUUUCUUUCAGAGGUGUGGACAACAGUAUUUAUUACAUGGUAGCGCCUAAGGGGGAAUUUUAUAACUAUUCUGGAUGUGGGAACACAUUCAAUAGCAACCAUCCAGUUGUGCGACAAUUUAUCGUGGACUGCUUAAGAUAUUGGGUAACAGAAUUUCAUGUGGAUGGUUUUCGCUUUGAUCUUGCUUCAAUUAUGACGAGGGGAAGCAGUCUUUGGGAUGGAGUUAAUGUAUUUGGGGAUCCAAUAGGUGACUUGAUGACAACAGGAACUCCCCUCGGCAGCCCACCAUUGAUUGACAUGAUCAGUAAUGAUCCAAUCCUACGUGGAGUGAAGCUUAUAGCUGAAGCGUGGGAUGCUGGAGGCCUCUACCAAGUUGGCACAUUCCCUCAUUGGGGUAUUUGGUCAGAGUGGAAUGGGAAGUAUAGAGACACAGUACGCCAGUUUAUCAAGGGUACUGAUGGCUUUGCUGGAGCAUUUGCUGAAUGCCUUUGUGGCAGUCCUAACUUAUAUCAGGGAGGAGGAAGAAAACCAUGGAAUAGUAUCAACUUUGUAUGUGCGCAUGAUGGCUUUACUCUGGCUGACUUGGUGACUUAUAACAACAAGCAUAACUUGCCAAAUGGGGAAGACAAUAAUGAUGGAGAAAAUCAUAAUAAUAGCUGGAACUGUGGUCAGGAGGGGGAGUUUGCUAGCACCUUGGUGAGGAAAUUGAGGAAAAGGCAAAUGCGAAAUUUCUUUCUCUCGCUCAUGGUUUCCCAAGGAGUUCCGAUGAUAUAUAUGGGGGACGAAUAUGGACAUACCAAAGGGGGAAACAACAAUACCUAUUGUCAUGAUAACUACCUUAAUUACUUCCAAUGGGACAAGAAGGAAGAGUCCUCGUCAGACUUCUUCAGAUUUUGCCGCCUUAUGACUGAAUUCCGCCAGGAAUGUGAGUCAAUGGGCUUGGAUGACUUCCCAACAGCGGAGAGGCUGCAGUGGCAUGGUCAUUCUCCUGGAAUGCCAGACUGGUCUGAAACUAGCCGUUUCGUGGCCUUUACCAUGGUGGACUCAGUGAAAGGAGAAAUUUACAUUGCUUUCAACAUGAGUCAUUUACCUUCUGCGAUUACGUUGCCAGAGCGUCCUGGAUACAGAUGGGAACCAUUUGUCGACACGAGCAAGCCUGCACCAUAUGAUUUUCUCAGUCCUGAUGUUCCUGGAAGAGAGAUUGCAAUACAGCAGUAUGCUCAGUUUCUUGAUGCCAAUUUGUAUCCUAUGCUUAGUUACUCUUCCAUCAUCCUCUUGCUUACUCCUGAUGGAAGUGCGUAGCUUGGAGAUUCGUUAUCCUUUCUAGACACAUUGCUCUCCCUGUAAUUAGCAAUAUAUGAAUAAUAAUCAAAGUGGAGAUUUUAUAAUGCUUAGAGGAAUCUCCAACAGAAAGGGGAAACAUCAAAGCAGAGAAAGAAGCUGUACUUAUUGAAGAAAAAAUGGAUUUGGUGGGAAAAGUGAACUAUUUGUAUUUCCAUCAAUUCAAUUGAUGUGAUCCUGCUCCAAGUUUCACAAAUUUCAAGUAUUGAAUUAAAUAAUAGUGUAAAACAAUUUUAUAAUAAGACUAUAGAUCUGGCCAUAGUGAUGUUGAUUUUAUCAAGAAAAAGCAAGAGUAUCUAA